UCUUUUUGGUAGUUUAUAUGCUAUAGAUGAACUCAAGAUCUUAUGCUUUCAAUAUUGAGUCUGUCACUUUGGAUGUACUUCUUCCUUUUCUGGGGUUUUCCAAGCUUCUUAUGAUUCUGAAUGGUUUUUCCAGAGGUUUGGGAAGUUAUGAAACAAGACUAGUUAGUUUGCCGACUCUCAUAUAUACAACUUCUCAUGAUUCUUGAAAAAAACCCUUAAUUACUGUUAUUUUGUAAUUAUUUUUAAUUUUCCCAACAUGACUAGUUUGCCAACUCAUACAGCAUCUUAUGAUUCUUGAAAAAACCCUUAAUUACUGUUCUUUUGUAAUAUAUAUAUAUAUAUAUAUAUAUAUUUUCUCGCUCGACCUAAAAUCCAUAAUCUGAGAGAAAGUUAACAAAAUCAUGAAGUUAGAUAAUGAGCAUAUAAUUAUAUAUAGCUACGCCAUUAAUAUUGCUUUUUUCUCCUUUAAUUGCUCAUCUUGUUGAAGAACAACUCAAUGGACAAAGCUGUGUAUCUUAAAUGGACAAAUAUUUUCUUUAAUUACCAUCACUUACUCAUAUUUAUAUGCCUAUCAACUAAAAAGAUACAAAUUAAUGUUCACCAUGUGCAUGGAAUUACAGAUUAUGCUAAUUAUUAAGAUGCUAUAAGAAGAAAAAGAAAGAGAUGAAUGAUCUCUCUCUCUCUCUCUCUCUCUCUCUCUCUCUCACUGCAUCACCUGACCAAGAUUUUCAUAUAGCCUCCAUUGUUUUUAAUUUAAUCACAUUCCUCCAAAUAUUGAUUAGGUCAUAGAAUGGAAUUAUCAUGCACUGAUGAGCAUUGGAAGAACAUCAAUCUAUGAUACCUAUUAUGUUUUCUUGUUGUAUUCUUAUGUAUAUAUCUCAUUAAACACCCAUCCGUACAAAGCUAUAUCAGAAGUAUUAUCUUAUCUCUUUCCGUUCAUCAUGUUUCUUAAAAUACUCAUAUGAUUGGCAAAUAUUAAAUUUUCAAUUACCAUAUCGUACCCUUUUAAAAGUAACUUCUUAAUAAACUUAAUACUGUUUUCAACUCUAAAUUUUUUUAAGGCAUCUGACCAACUUUGCAAAAUAACUAGAGAUUAUUAGUAUGAUAAGGAGUGGUUGGGACCUAGUCUCUCUUGUAGCUAUGAGAUAAACGUGUUAAAUUAUCUCAUUUUAUCGUCCCAGUUUUUUCAAUUUGUUUGGACCUUUGGUCCAUUUUUAUUCCCAAUCUUCUUAGCGAAAGUUUCUUUUCCUUCCUUUCCUCUCAUGAACACGUCCACACAAUAGCCAACUCCUUUAGUAAGUACGAAUGCAUGUACAUCAGUGCGUAUUUCUUUAUGGAUGUUUGGUGCAAGCUUUUAUUCAUUCUAUUUCUGGAUGAUCUGGACAAAAAAAGAAGAAGAAGAAUUGUGUUUGUUUUUGUGCAAGAAAAAUCUUAAAUUGACACCAUUCUCUUAAAAUUGAAAUUCUUUAAAUUCAAAACUAUGCAUUUAUAAAGGUGGAUGAAACAGCUUGUCUAAGAAUUCACUAUUAAAUGUUUACUGCAAUAAGUUUCCACAGUUAGCCAUCACCUAAAACAAUGUCCUCUAAAACCAAAUCCUUGGUGUAAUAAUUAAAACAUUUUAAAUCACUGUGUAUGUUAGGGAGUAAUACUGAAAGACAAUGAUGUUAAUCAAACAUCUGGCAAUAACUAAUCUCACUAGUCUUAAUAAAGUUGCAAUUAAUUGUUAUGUUCCUGUGUAUAAUAUUAUACUAGAUUAUAAAAAAUAUGAUAUCUUUAAGUUUAAAGAAAAUUUUUGUAAAGCAAAUACAUAAAACAAUCAUUAGGAGUAAUUCUUUAUUCUUUUGCAUCAUGAAAUUAUCCUGACUAUUUAUAGCCUCAAGCAAGUUUACAUCAUUUAAAACCCCCUUUCUUCUCUCUUUUCUUUCAGCAAUAGAACAAUUGAAGAAGAAACUCAAUUCUGGGAAGUGAUAUAAAGAACAUUGAAGUAGCCAUGACAGAAGGAUUAGAAGCUUAUGAUGAAGAAAAGAGUGAUAGGAGUGAGGAACAUGCCGAAAACACAUCUGUAGUGUCUUCACAAAUGUGUUCAUCUUUUGACUUAAAUGAAGAAGCCAGUAGUCAAGAGGAUGAUAAUAUUGCCAAAGUAGGUGAACUCAGCAUUGAAGAUGAUGUGAAUGGAACAGAUGGGAAUUCAGCCAAUAAUGAUACCUCCGGUGAAGGAAAUGAAAAGAGGGCUAGAGUUAGGCAGUACGUUAGAUCCAAAAUGCCUCGGCUUCGAUGGACUCCUGACCUCCAUCUGUCUUUUGUUCAUGCUGUUGAAAGGCUUGGGGGACAAGAGAGAGCAACUCCCAAGUUAGUUCUUCAGCUAAUGAACGUGAGAGGACUUAGUAUUGCCCAUGUAAAGAGUCACUUGCAGAUGUACAGAAGUAAGAAGCUUGACGAGGCCGGGCAAGUACUAGGUCAAACCUACAGACCAUUUCAUGGUAGAAAUAGUGUUCAUGCAAUGUUGAACCAAACAAGCAGCACUCAUCGACACUUCAGAAUGGCGAAUGGUGGAAUAGUUCUGACGAGACAUUCUGACGACUACAAUGUUGCUCAUGGUCUUUUGCCAUCUCUACACUCCCAACAGCUGCCAGUAGAUUUCAAAGCUAGCUUCCCAAGGCAGCAGCAGUGGCCUACUAAUCAGCAUGUCAUAACAAGGCCAUGUUAUCUAACAAAUAAUGAUCUUGGACGAGAAAAGAGUUUGAUGAGUUCCACAACCUUCCAAACUCAAGCCAAGUCAAUAGCUUCAAACCAAAUUCAUGCAAUGGAUAUUAACAUGCGAAUUGGACCCAUGAGACCAAGCCGAUUUCUUGAGGAAAAGAGAUGGCCUCCAAUCGAUAUGAUUAAUAAUAGUCAAUGGAAAGUAAACAGAACUUCCAACACGUGGGACAGUACUAGCACCCAGUCACUAGGGCAUCGUACUACUGGCGGCAAGUUUAUUGGGGAAACCUACAGUGCUACAAUGCCUACUGAAUGGAACCUUGGAAAUAACACGAGAGUUAGGCAAUUCCUAUCAACUUCAGAUGAUCUUGUCAGCAAUUCUAAUAGCUUUAAACCAGAGUUUGCACCCCCAUUUCGGCUUGAGUUGAAUCAAGAGAAAAUGUUGGACAAAGGAAGGUUGCCUGAUUUGCAACUUAGACUUAGCCAUAGAGUCGGGAAGGAGGAUGAAGGCGCUCAUGACAAAGGCAAAAGCACACAUGAAAUUAGCACCAAGCUUUCCCUUUCUUAGCUCAUAUUCAUCGAGGAAACUUGCACAAUCUAGUCACAAAUUCAUACAGAUUCCAGACACAUAACAAGGCCAAACUUGAGGGCGAGUACUUAGGAUCUGACUAUGUAAAAAGAAAAAGGAAAACCACCAUAGAGUUAGAUCGUUCUAGGUGCUUGUCUUAAAGCCAUUACAAGCAUACUAAUGCUUUUGUUGAUUCCUUGGUCUAUAUCAGUUUUGCAUAAAGGUAAACUCAACAUCAAAUUGUAGAGGACAAUGAGUCUUUGUCUAGUCAUGUUUUUUGAUGACUAAGAUUGGUGUAAAAAGUGCUGUGACUUGUGAGCUACGAGAUUGUUUGUUUUGUUUUUAUUUUUCCCUCCUCUUCAAAGAAAAAAGGAAGAAGGAAAAAGAAUAUUUAGAAAAUGUUCACAGGAUAACAGGAAAAGGCAACAGAUUGCAUCUUGAA